AUGGCUGACGCAGCGGCACGACAGCUUCAGUAUGAAUACAAAGCGAACUCAAAUCUUGUGCUGCAAGCGGACGUUCGUCUGAUCGAACGACCCAGGCGCGAUGAGGCUACCGGCGAGGUCAUAUCGCUGGUUGGCAAGCUCGAUGGUACCCGCAUGGGUGACCGAGCUCAACGCAGCAAACCGGAGAAAACGGAAGAACGGAAAGCAAAACGCCAGAAGCGUGAUGAGGCGCAAUAUGAUUUCAAUAGUAUGAAAGGUGCUACCUUGCUGUCCGAAGGAAUUGAUGAGAUGGUCGGCAUUGUUUACCGCCCGAAAACGCAAGAAACGCGUCAAACGUACGAGGUGCUGCUAAGUUUCAUCCAGGAAGCGAUUGGUGACCAACCGCGCGAUAUCUUGCGCGGCGCGGCAGAUGAAAUAUUGGCCGUGUUGAAGAACGAUCGCAUGAAGGAACGCGAAAAGAAGCGUGAAAUUGAUGGUCUUCUGGGCAGCGUGGCGGACGAACGAUUUGCACUGUUGGUGAACCUUGGAAAAAAAAUUACUGAUUUUGGUUCGGAUGCGGCCACCGCGAUCGGUGGUGCGGGACAGGCUGGUCCCGGCGGUGAUGAACCGAUCGAUGAAACGUACGGCAUAAAUGUGCGCUUCGAGGAAUCAGAGGAGGAGUCGGAUGAGGAUAAGUAUGGCGAGGUGCGUGAAGACGAUGGGCAGGAUGAGGGCGAGGAAGCACGAGAUGAUGGUAUUCUGCAUGCCGAAAAUCUUGGCGGUGGUGAGGACAUGAACAAGAAGGAAAAGGCACUCGAUCCACGGGACAUUGAUGCGCACUGGCUGCAACGGUGUCUUCGAAAGUACUAUAAUGAUUCAAUGAUGUCCCAGUCUAAAGCACUCGAGGUAUUAAAUGUACUCAAAGAAUCCGGAGACGAUCGGGAGUGUGAGAACCAGCUGGUACUAUUGCUGGGCUACGAUUGCUUCGAUUUUAUUAAGCAGUUGAAGAAAAAUCGGCAAAUGAUCCUGUACUGUACGAUGCUGGCACAAUCGCAGAGUGAGAGUGAGCGUGCGAAGUUGCGCGAACGAAUGAAGGCAGAUGCGGCACUAGCAAAGAUUCUGCGACAACUUGAUACUGGAAAGCAGGAGACGCAAGAAGGCCGGGACUACGCUAAUGGUGGAGCAGACGGAUCGGACACAAAACCAUCGCUCCGAUCGCAACGUACAGCUGCUGUGGGAGGACAAAUCAUAGGCAAUCGCACAGUACUGGAGCUGGACGAGCUUGCAUUCACACAAGGUUCACAUCUGAUGGCCAAUAAACGUUGCCAGCUACCGGACGGAUCAUUCCGUAAGCAACGCAAGGGAUACGAGGAAGUACACGUUCCUGCUCUGAAACCUCGCCCGUUCGAUGACGACGAAGAAUUGAUUGGCAUUGAAAAGCUUCCGAAGUAUGUGCAACCCGUUUUCAACGGCUUCAAAACGCUAAACCGCAUUCAGAGCCGACUGUACAAAAGUGCGCUAGAAAGCGAUGAAAAUCUGCUCCUUUGUGCUCCUACCGGUGCUGGUAAAACGAACGUUGCACUGCUUACGAUGAUGCGCGAAAUCGGUAAGCACAUCAACGACGACGGAACUAUCAAUGUGGACGAGUUCAAAAUCAUCUACAUAGCUCCUAUGCGAUCACUGGUACAAGAAAUGGUCGGUAACUUUGGCCGUCGGCUGGCGACGUACAAUCUCACCGUUUCGGAAUUGACGGGUGAUCAUCAACUCAGUCGGGAGCAAAUUGCUGCGACACAAGUCAUCGUCUGUACGCCCGAAAAGUGGGACAUUAUCACCCGCAAAGGGGGCGAGAAAACGUACACGCAGUUUGUGCGUUUGGUAAUUAUUGAUGAAAUUCAUCUGCUGCAUGAUGAGCGUGGUCCCGUCUUGGAAGCCCUGGUUGCUCGUACGAUCCGGAACAUUGAAACCACGCAGGAAGAUGUGCGCCUGGUCGGGCUUUCGGCAACUCUACCCAAUUACCAGGAUGUCGCGACGUUCCUGCGCGUUCGUCCCGAAACGGGACUUUUCUACUUCGAUAACAGUUACCGACCGGUGGCACUGGAACAGCAGUACAUUGGAGUGACAGAGAAGAAAGCGCUCAAACGGUUCCAGGUGAUGAACGAUAUAGUGUAUGAAAAGGUGAUGGAGCAUGCUGGCCGCAAUCAGGUGCUGGUGUUUGUUCAUUCCCGUAAGGAGACGGGAAAAACGGCACGUGCUGUUCGUGACAUGUGUCUCGAGAAGGAUACGCUUGGGACGUUCCUGCGUGAAGGAUCCGCAAGUAUGGAAGUGUUGCGGUCCGAGGCAGAUCAAGUUAAAAACCAGGAGCUAAAGGACCUACUUCCGUACGGCUUCGCAAUCCAUCACGCCGGAAUGACGCGCGUUGAUCGUACUCUGGUGGAGGAUUUGUUUGCCGAUCGACAUAUCCAGGUGCUCGUAUCGACGGCCACCCUGGCAUGGGGUGUGAAUUUACCGGCUCACACCGUCAUCAUCAAGGGCACGCAGGUGUACAACCCGGAAAAGGGACGAUGGGUCGAACUGGGAGCGUUGGACGUAUUGCAGAUGCUUGGUCGAGCCGGUCGUCCACAGUACGACACGAAGGGCGAAGGCAUUCUGAUCACAAACCACAGUGAACUGCAGUUCUAUUUGUCGCUGUUGAACCAACAGCUACCCAUCGAGUCGCAGCUCAUUUCGAAGCUACCCGAUAUGUUGAAUGCUGAAAUUGUGCUUGGAACGGUGCAAAAUGUAAAAGAUGCCGUCACUUGGCUUGGAUAUACGUACCUCUACAUUCGUAUGUUGCGUCAGCCAACCUUGUAUGGAGUAUCGAUCGAUGCGGUACAAGAGGAUCCACUGCUCGAGCAGUUCCGUGCGGAUCUUAUACAUACUGCUGCUUUGCAUCUCGAACGCAGUGGUUUGAUCAAGUACGAUCGUAAGAGUGGUCACCUCCAAGUCACGGAAGUAGGUCGAAUUGCAUCUCACUACUACUGCACGCACGAAACCAUGCUUACAUACCACCAGCUCUUGAAACCUACGCUUAGCGAGAUUGAGCUGUUCCGCGUGUUUUCGCUGUCCGGAGAAUUCCGCAACAUUACUGUGCGCGAGGAGGAAAAGCUCGAACUACAGAAACUUAUGGAACGUGUGCCGAUCCCGAUCAAGGAGAGUAUGGAAGAACCGAGCGCAAAGGUGAAUGUACUGUUGCAAGCUUACAUCUCACAACUGAAGCUGGAAGGAUUUGCCCUGAUGGCCGACAUGGUGUACGUUACGCAGUCCGCUUCCCGGCUGUUGCGAGCUAUCUUCGAAAUUGUCCUUCACCGUGGUUGGGCCCAACUGGCGGACAAAUGUCUCACCCUCUGUAAGAUGAUUGAUCGUCGCAUGUGGCAAAGUAUGUCGCCACUGCGCCAGUUCCGCAAAAUGCCCGAAGAAAUCGUAAAGAAAAUAGAGAAGAAAAAUUUUCCCUGGGAACGGCUGUACGAUCUGGAGGCGAACGAAAUUGGUGAGCUGAUCCGUGUUCCAAAGCUUGGCAAGACGAUCUAUCGCUACAUACACCAGUUCCCGAAGCUAGAACUCUCGACGCACAUCCAACCGAUUACACGCUCAACGCUUCGCGUGGAGCUCACCAUUACACCCGACUUCCAGUGGGACGAAAAAGUGCACGGCCAAUCGGAAGCAUUCUGGAUUUUGGUAGAAGACGUCGAUUCGGAGGUGAUUUUACAUCACGAAUAUUUUCUGCUGAAGGCGAAAUACUGCACUGAUGAUCAUUUGGUGAAAUUCUUCGUACCGGUCUUUGAACCAUUACCUCCUCAGUACUUCUUGCGCAUCGUGUCUGACCGUUGGAUAGGUGCCGAAACGCAGCUUCCCGUGUCCUUCCGGCAUUUGAUUCUUCCGGAGAAGAAUCUUCCACCGACGGAGUUGCUUGAUCUGCAACCGCUUCCGAUCAGUGCCCUGCGAGAUCCAUCGUUCGAGACACUUUACGCCGAUCGGUUCCCCCAGUUUAACCCAAUCCAGACGCAAGUCUUCAAUGCAGUGUACAACAGCGAAGAUAACGUAUUUGUCGGAGCUCCCACAGGAUCGGGAAAAACUACCAUAGCGGAGUUUGCAGUACUUCGAUUGCUCUCGCAGAAUCCGGCAGGCCGCGUAGUGUAUCUUGUCGCACGUGAUCCCCUCGCAGAUCUCGUGUUCCAUGAGUGGCAUCAACGAUUCGGGCAAUCCGCACUUGGUUGCAAAGUGGUGAAACUAACUGGCGAAACUGGAACUGAUUUGAAGCUGAUCGCCAAGGGUCAGAUUAUCGUAACGACAGCCGACAAGUGGGAUGUGCUUUCGCGCCGCUGGAAACAACGCAAGAACGUCCAGAACGUGCAGUUGUUCAUCGUGGAUGAGUUACAGCUGAUCGGAGGAGAGGAUGGCCCCGUACUGGAAGUAGCCUGCUCUCGUAUGCGUUACAUUUCAUCGCAAACCGAACAACCGAUACGCAUCAUCGCUCUAUCGGCUUCGUUGGCCGAUGCGCGUGAUAUCGCACAAUGGCUUGGUUGUAGCACGAACGCUACAUUCAAUUUCCAUCCUUCUGUUCGUCCAAUUCCUUUGGAACUGCACGUACAGGGUCUCAACAUAACGCACAAUGCGUCGCGUGUUGCCGCCAUGUCGAAACCAGUGUAUAAUGCGAUCACUAAGUUCAGUCCCCACAAACCAGUCAUCGUGUUCGUCACAUCUCGCAAGCUGGCCCGGCUCACAGCGAUCGAUGUGCUGACGUACUGUGCGGCAGAGCUGCAGCCGAAUCGUUUCUUCCACGCGGAGGAAGAAGACAUCAAACCAUUCCUGGACCGGAUGACAGACAAAACGUUGAAGGAAACUCUCUCCCAAGGAGUGGCGUACAUGCACGAAGGACUGACUGCUUCCGAUCAACGAAUUGUAGAGCAACUGUUCGACUCUGGUGCAGUGCAGAUAGCUAUCUGUACGCGCGAACUGUGUUGGGCUUUGAACAUAAGCGCACACCUGGUAAUUAUUAUGGACACACAGUUCUACAAUGGACGGAACCAUUCGUACGACGACUAUCCAAUCACUGAUGUGUUACAAAUGAUUGGCCGCGCCAAUAGACCUCUGGAAGACGACGAUGCUAAGGCCGUUCUAAUGUGUCAGAGCUCUAAGAAGGAUUUCUACAAGAAGUUCCUCAACGAACCACUGCCAGUGGAGAGCCAUCUCGAUCACAGAUUGCACGAUCAUUUUAAUGCCGAGAUUGUCACAAAGACGAUUGAAAAUAAGCAGGACGCAGUAGAUUACUUGACGUGGACGUUCUUGUACCGACGUCUAACGCAGAACCCAAACUAUUACAAUCUCCAGGGUGUCACUCACCGUCAUCUGUCGGAUCACUUAUCGGAACUGGUGGAAUCAACACUCUCCGACCUGGAACAGUCGAAGUGUAUCGGUGUCGAGGAUGAAAUGGAUGCACUUCCACUAAACCUGGGCAUGAUUGCGGCAUACUACUACAUCAAUUACACUACAAUAGAACUGUUCAGUCUUUCACUGAACAGCAAGACAAAGAUUCGAGGUUUGCUGGAAAUCAUUUCAUCCGCGGCAGAAUAUGAGGAUUUAAUCGUGCGCCAUCACGAGGAUAACAUUCUGCGAAGUCUUGGAUCCCGUCUGCCCAACAAACUGACCGGUCCUAACGGUACCGCACCGAAGUACAAUGAUCCACACAUCAAGACGAAUUUGCUGCUCCAGGCCCAUCUUUCACGACUGCAGCUGGGCGCAGAGCUUCAGGGCGAUACUGAGCAGAUCCUUGGCAAAGCAAUUCGUCUGGUGCAGGCGUGCGUAGAUGUGCUGUCCUCUAAUGGUUGGCUAUCGCCCGCCGUCGCCGCUAUGGAGUUGGCACAGAUGGUAACACAAGCAAUGUGGAGCAAAGAUUCAUACCUGAAACAGUUGCCCCAUUUUACCGCGGAAAUUGUAAAGCGUUGUCAGGAGAAAAGCAUCGAGACGGUGUUUGACAUUAUGGAGCUGGAUGAUGACGAUCGAACACGUUUGCUCCAGAUGACUGAUCAGCAAAUGUCGGAUGUAGCACGAUUCUGUAACCGAUAUCCAAAUAUCGAGCUGACGUUCGCAGUUCUCGAUAAAGAUCGCAUACAUUCGGGAUCUUCGGUCGAUGUGGAAGUUACUUUGGAGCGCGAGGACGAUGUAACAGGUCCAGUAAUAGCACCCUUCUUCCCUCAGAAACGCGAAGAAGGUUGGUGGGUUGUAAUCGGUGAUCCGAAAACAAACUCGCUGCUGUCCAUCAAACGACUUACGCUGCAGCAGAAGGCGAAGGUGAAGUUGAACUUUGUCGCUCCGAGCCCAGGCCACCACGAGUACACGUUGUACUACAUGAGCGAUUCGUAUCUGGGUUGCGAUCAGGAGUAUAAAUUUUCCAUCAACGUUGGCGAUUUCCAGUCGGAGAGCGAAAGCGAGUCGGAUUAAGGUAAAUGUGGUGGCGGCGCACAUACAAUUUCUACAGUUCUGAUGACCGUUAGUUUAAGAGGGUUUGCAUAACGCUAAAUGAAAUGAUACAUUAUUUGUCACCACCAAAACAAUGAAAAUGAAAUGUGUUUGUUAUAAUGCAUAGUAAUAGAAAAUCUUAAAA